AGAAUAAAAGCGAGCUUCGUGGAGCCAGAAGUGUCCAGUUAUUAGCAUGCUGGUCUGGUCACUGUGGCCCUUCUGCCUUUCUGCUUUAACCCAGUCAGACUGUAGGCCUGCUGUUAGCUGACACCACUCAGAAUCCUGCAGGAGAUACAUCAACAACGACGCACAUUUAACCGCAGAAAAAUCAUGGAAACACCUGCAUUUAUAAUGCCAUUGCUUUGACGCAGCAAUGAGAAGGGAAAGAGCAGCAGCCUUUUAUAUGUCUGAAAAUUGUGUUUUAUAAAUCUUCAGCUUUGGAAAUAGCCUUGGCAGAUUUCCUCGCAUCUUUCCUAACUCGGCCGUAUCCAGGCUACUAUUGUGGCACUCUAACUGUCUAAGGAAAGAAGUCUUUCUUGGGAACAAAAGAAGCACUUGAAACUUCCACAUCCCUCAGUCCUCAGCAUUCCUGACCAGAGCACAAGGAUCCUUAUCCUCCCAAUAACAACAUCAGAGAAUUCACAGGAUCAUAGAAACCGCAGCUUUGCCUCCAAGAUGCUGAACCUCAACUCACCGGACGACAACAGCAACAGGAACUCCCUCCAGGACCCAGUGUCAUUGAACGUCGGUGGAGAAAUUUACACAACAACCCUGGACACUCUGACACGCUGUCGGGACUCGAUGCUGGGCGCUAUGUUCACCGGACAAAUCCCCCUGCUCAGAGAUAACAGAGGGAAUGUUUUCAUAGACCGUGACGGGAAAGUUUUCAGGUACAUUCUGAAUUACCUGCGCUCCAGCUCCCUGGACCUGCCGGAUGGCUUCUCGGAGCUGGCACUGCUGCGGAGAGAGGUGGAUUUCUUCCAGAUACGCCCCCUGCUGGACGAGAUUUGUCGGUAUGAAGCAUCGGUGCCUCUCAGCUUGAGAGGAGGGCCGCUCGGAGCCAUGAUUAUGGUGAAUGUUCAUUCUAAGGUCCGCGUUCUCCACUUUAACUUACGCCAUGGGCCAGAAAACUAUGAGCUUCGCACAUGCUCUGUGCGAGCCUUCACAGUUGACCUCUUUUGUACCUGGAAAGCCUUCCUGGCACUUCUUUGUGAGCGCUUCUACUACAGAACAUCCCAAGGUCUCACUACCCUCCAUCCAUGCAACCCGAGGCAGAACAGACUGAAACUGGAGUGGGUGCCAAAGCCUGACGAACUCCCACAGGACCAGUACGACAAGCAGUGUUACCGGGGGCUGACCCUCUCUAACCCUGAGUCCACACAGUUAGAUGACAUCAUGAACAUGCACCGGAACCCAUGUGAUAUCACAGACAUGCAGGGGUUUGUGGAGGAGCUGCUUAAGGUGUCUUUGGCUGAAGGGUUCAAGGUCGAUCUGGUGACUCCUGACCCAGCGGAAAUUCUCAACUGCACCUCACUUCGGCUUGUUAAGUGCUGA